UGCAAAGUUGAUUUUUGUAUAUGUGUGUGCGCAUGUGGAUGGAUGCUCGACUUGUAUUGGGAAAACCUUGUAGCAUUUGAUGGCGAGUCAUGUAGUUCCAACCGGUUGUUAGGUAGUGACAGUUGCGUUCAACCUUAUCAGUUAACGUACUGUACUUGACCAAUAUGAAUCAUGCAACGGAUUCAUGAAAUAGACAAACGGUAUAAGUAUUAAAGAGAAAAUGACGUAUAAGAGGCAGAUAGCUGAGAUUGUUCAGACUUCUCCGUUCAUGAUUCAGGAAAACCAACUUUGUUUUUCAAAAUUUGUUAUUCCCUUCAUUUGCAAAUAUGUUCUCGAAAUAAUAGCAUAUACACUGAUGAUAAAACUGCGGAUCCUGAACGUUUUUUAUAAUGUGUAUUCAACGCUUAUCUACCGCCUUUUAGUGGUCAAAAUGUAUUAGUCUCUAUUACAAACUGAUCAUGAUGUUGGUAUUAAUAUAUGGUGCCUAUGAUCGGUGUUAGUGUUGUUCGUAUUUUAAAGAGUCGUAAUAUUUUCGUAUAUCGAGGCUGUUGAGUUACAGUCGUUUCUCAGCAAUAUGUCGGCUAUGUUGACAGCAGAUUGGUGUCCUCUCGGAAGGGACACUUACUUCAGGAAGUUUGAGAUUUAUUCUAUGUCAUGGCAAAAUGAGAUCAAUAUGGAAAAUGUGAGUGUUGCUGUUGCCCCAUAUGGAGGACCAGUUGCUGUAAUCAGGGACAGAAAGAAGUUUGUAAAAGUUCAGGGAAUUGGAAAACCAGUAAUUUCCAUAUAUUCUGCCUCAGGAAAGAAUAUUUCAUCAAUUGUCUGGACUAGUGGGCAGAUCAUACAGCUUGGCUGGUCUUCUACGGAAGACCUUCUUUGUGUACAAGAUGAUGGUUCAGUCUUGAUAUAUGACAUGUUUGGUACAUAUCAGCAUACAUUCAGCAUGGGGCAGGAAGCAAAAGAUACAAAAAUAAUUGAAGCCAAGAUAUUUGCUAAUCUUAAUGGCACUGGUGUUGCUGUUCUUACAUCAUCAUAUCGUAUAUUUUUAGUCAACAGUGUAAAGGAACCAAAAGUUCGGAGAUUGGCUGAAGUUCCAAGUCUAAAUGUUCCUCCCAGCAGCUGGGCAAUAAUUUCUGAAGACCGGCAGACUCGUGUUCUUGUUGCAAAGGACAAGGAACUGUUUGUUUUAAAACAGUCAGAACCACAUGCUUUACCAGUUACACCAGAUUUCGCACAGCCUGUCAAUUCUGUCAUUGAGAUGGCUGUAUCUCAGAACAACAGACAUGUUGCUCUCUUUGCUGACAGUGGUCGAUUGUGGAUUGGAUCAGCAGAUAUUAGGAAACAGUAUUAUGAAUUUGAUACCAAAUGCCCGUACCGACCAAAGCAGCUGGUUUGGUGUGGAACAGAAGCUGUGAUUGGUUAUUGGGACAAUGUUUUGCUUGUUAUUGGCCGUCAAGGUGACUACAUAAAUUAUGGCUAUGACUCUGCAGUUCGGCUGGUUCCUGAGAUGGAUGGUGUUCGUGUUCUGUCAACAUUUAGUCAUGAGAUGAUCCAAAAAGUGCCUUUAGUAGUGCAGCAGAUUUUUCGAAUUAACAGCACUGAUCCAAGCUCAUAUUUGUUGGAAGCUUCAAAACAAUUUCAGAAACGCAGCUAUCGAGCUGAUGAGUACAUACGUCUAGUGAAGGAUCACUUGGAAGUAGCUGUGAGACAGUGCAUUGAGGCAGCUGGUUAUGAGUUUGAUACAGGAAAUCAGAAGAUGCUAAUUCGGGCAGCUCAGUUUGGGAAGGGUUUUGUCCCAGACUUGAACUCAGACUCAUAUGUGAAGAUGUGUCGCCUGUUGCGUGUACUCAAUGCUGUGCGGGACAACAAGAUUGGUAUCCCACUGACAUGUACACAAAUGCAGCAUCUGACAAUCCAAGUACUUUUGGAUAGACUUGUUUUAAGACGACAUUACUAUUUAGCUAUCCAAAUUGCCAAGUACUUGAAGCUGCCUUAUAAUGAAGGAUCAAGCAGAAUAUUGGCUCACUGGGCAUGCUAUAAGGUAAAACAGACUCAGUUGGAUAGAGAACAGGUUGCACGGGAUAUAGCUGAGAAACUGGGAUAUGCACCUGGAAUCUCCUAUAGUGAGAUUGCCAUGAAAGCAGCUGACUGUGGGCGCAUGCAACUUGCUAUCAAGUUGAUGGACUAUGAACCACGUGCAAGCCUGCAAGUACCGUUGCUGCUGAGGCUGGGUGAAGACAGACCUGCUCUAGUAAAAGCAAUUGAAAGUGGUGACACUGAUCUUGUAUACACUGUAUUACUCCACUUACGUGAGAAUAUGCCCCUUGGAGAAUUUCAGAUGGCAGUAAGGAACUACCCAGUAGCACAGGCUCUGUAUCUAAAAUAUUGCCGUGAUCACAAUCGGGAAACUCUCAGAGACAUCUAUGUUCAAGAGGAUGAUUACAAUGCCCAAGCAGCUUGCUUUAUUCGAGAAAUCUAUGAUCCUAAGAAUACUUUGACUGUGGAAGCAUCACUGUCAGCAGCACAGGAGAGUUACAGGCGAGCCCGAAAUGAAUUUUCUGCUGGAUUAUGUGAAGAGCAACAAAAAUUGCUAAGGUAUCAAAAGACGCUAGAAGAAAAAUUUCGACGGGAGUUUGUUGGACGUUCUCUGCAUGAUACAGUGUAUCUUCUGUUACUCCUGCAGGAGACAAAACUGGCAGAUAAGCUGCGUGCAGAAUAUCGAGUAACUGAUAGGAGGUAUUGGUGGUUGCGUAUCCUGAGUCUUUCAGAGUUGGGAGAGUGGAUGGAGUUGGAUAAAUUUUCUAAGAGCAAAAAGUCUCCUAUAGGAAUUGAGCCAUUUGUUGAUGUGUGUCUCAAAUAUGAAAACAAGUAUGAAGCCCAGAAGUACCUGCCUAAAGUGAAAGAUGAACUUAAAGUGAAAUAUUAUGUUAAAACUGGAAUGUUCGAGGAAGCAGCACAGAUUGCAUUUGAACAGAAGGACCUCCAGGCAUUAUUAUUUGUCCAGGGUAGGAGUGCCCCUGCAGAUCGUAAUGUUAGCGAGAAGAUCAGUCUUCUCAUUACUCAGCUCAGUGCAAAGAAAUGAAUGGCACUACUUGAGUCACUAGUAUGACACUGUCUACUGAAAGAAUGAUGAAGUACAUAAUCUUCACCCUAAGUGUUUUUAAGUAGUUUACAGAAACCCAUCUCACUGCAGAACCGAGUACUGAUGUUAAAUACAUCUAUUUAGAAUAUGCCAUUGAUAAAUAAUAUAUGUAAUAUACAGUGAUGAUUCCUGCAUGGCUUUCCCUGCCCUUUAUUUCACACGUUUUAAAACAUGUGACAGUGAAAGGAUAAUUAUGUUUCUAUCUCCUGCUGCAUGGUGCUCUCCCAUCAUGGAUGGUCAUUUGAAAAUUAACUUCAGUUAGAGGAAGACUAUAGAGCAUAAGUACUAACAUUUCCAAUCAAAAAUAAAAAGGAAGCAAGCAACAAGUUGUUUACAGCUGGUGCCAAAGAAAAUAUAAGUUAACCCCUUCAAUAUGUGGGUCAUUAGGCUGUGUUGGCUGGUAAAUACCCUGUUGUGUAUGUUAGACACCUGUACAAUAUUUCAUUCUCACGAAUUUUAAUCCUUACAUUUAAAAUAAAAUUGUAUGUAAGAUCAUGAAUGUCUUGACUGUAUUGACUAAAAGAGCAGAACUGUUGCACAAUGUACCGCUGUGAAAUUUUUUUUUUGUGCUUUCUGCACUGCAGAAUUAUACUGUUGUUGACAGAGAAAGUGUUAGGUAACUUCACACUUACCCUAUCUCCAGAAGUUGCUCAGAAUGUCUAGUUGGUUGAAAUAACUUAGUUUUUAUUUUUUCACACAGUUUCUGAACUUUCAUCUUCAUGAUCACUAAGCUUCCAUAGUUGUACAAAUUUUAUUUAGUAAUGCUUUUUCUAUUUAUACAUAUAAGAACAUAACAUAAAGGAACAUUGCUGAAACAUAUGAAAGAUCUGGUCUCCAUUUUAGGUUUAUCAUAGAAAUUUACUAUACGUUGCUUUGGUGAAUCCAGUUAAACUUAUGAAACAUCUAAAUGUGUCUGUCCUGUUUACAUCUUAAGAGUUUAGGAUAUUUUUCAGUACAUCUGUGUUUGAUAAUUUCAUCCACUUGAAGAGAUGGUCAAGUUACACCAACAUAUUCUUAAAUCAUUGGUUCCAGCCAUGAUCUGUAUAUAAGUGUAAGUGUAUGUUUUAGAGUGAUGGAUGCAGCAGUUUGAGUCAUGUGCCAACUUGUAAUCAACAGUCUCAAGAAGAAAAAUGGAUAUAAUAAAAGUGGGGUUAGAAUCAGGAAAAGGUGAAUAUUGUACUAAGCUGUCAUUUGCUUCAGAGAUAAAAGGAAAUGAUGUCAUCUUUACUGCAAUUAGUAUCUGAAAAGAUGUGAAUCAGUAAUUUCUUGAAUGAAAGUAGAGUGAGCUCACAUGCUGGUAUAAAUAAUACAUAGGCAUUGUAUAAAAUCUGUUGGCAUGCCUAAGUCAUUCUGCACAGUCUGUAGAAUGUAUAUAGUGACUGGAG